AGACUGUAUUACGUAAUCAUCACAUGCGAAAGAUUGAGAAAUUUGCUUCUGGAGAGCUCUCGGAGGCGGAGUUGCCUGAGCUGAGCUAAGUGACUUUACUCUGGAUUUUAAAAAUCUUCAGUGAAACGAUGUUUGUUUGGAAGAUAUUCAAGAAGAAGAAAUCUGUCGAGGUCAAGUGCUGGUUUUGCCAAGCAUCUACUACAGUUCCGGCCGGCAAUGCGAAUUGCUUUGACUGCCCAGAAUGUGAACAGUAUAAUGGAUUUACCAAGGAUGGAGGCUAUAACAAGCCCAUCCCAGCCCAGAACAGUGAAGAACUGAACCAGACCUACUCAAGACCAUGUCCUUAUCAGGAGGAUCCUGAUCCUAGACCAAGUCCUCUCUGUGACGUCUGUCAGACCAACCAAGAAUUGAAGAUCAAGCAGCUGGCUGCUUUUGUUCCUUCUCAUGAGGAAAACUUUGAUGAAGAAGCAAAGGAGUAUGCCGAUUAUCUUGAAGAGGCAUACAGACUCUGCCCAGCCUGUAAUGAGAAUAUCAGCGGUGAACUGUACAGACAGGAUGCUCACAUCAGGUCCAGACUCCUGGGCCAGAGACUACACCAAGCAACCUUGCCAGAUUCACAGGUUGCAAAGGGCCAAAGCCAUAGCAGUCAAAAGUUUGUGUUUCUAUUUAGAGUUCUUGCCAUUAUCGCUGCGACUCUGGUGCUAGCCUGCCAGCUCAGUCUGAAUGUGCAACCCUCGGGUCAAUUUCAAGGUACAUCAUUUAUAAAAACAGCUUUUCAUCAUUUUAUCUCAUUAGAGAGCAGGAGAACCACCUUAUCCUUAUUGGGAUUAGUGUGUGGUGUGCUUUCUUCAUUGCUGGCUGGAAAAUACAGAUUGAGAUAUUUGGAUUGUGUAUGUCCGUUGCUAUGGAUGUUGUAUAUGGGGAGCAUCACUGCACUACCAUCAUCCUCCUCAUCGUUACUCUCAUUGUUUCCAUGGUUACCAUCAGAUGCCAUCCCAAUCAUGCUGGCUGCCUGUUUGCUUUUAAGCUCGUCAAAGCAUGCCUUACAAGGGAGAAAGGGAAAAGUCAAUAAAGUUUUUAAAAACAAAAGAUUGAGGAACCAGGUGGCUUCCGCUCUCUUGGAUUCUGAGGAUGAAGAUCAACCAAUCGGCAUGCCACGCCCCCCUCAGGCCCCGCCUCCUGCUUCCCCUCCGUCAUUAUCUCUCAGUCAAAGCAUCCAAUCAGAGAAUGGGGAGAUCCAAAGGAUACUCCUGGACCAGGAUAUAAGUGGUCUAAGUCUUGGACCUCCUGGCCUAGCUAAAGCAAAGAAUAAAGAUGUAUGGACUGCUCACACUCCUCCCACCAGUAGACCGGCCACGCCCCUCUCCUCUGAGGACCGGCCCUCGUCCAGGGAGUUCCGCCCCAUCAUAUCGCCUGCGACCUUUAACCCUCCUGGGAUGACGAGAUCGGCAUCACAGAACUCCUUUGUCUCGUCGUUCAGUGGUACCUUUGCAGAUUCCGGGCCAUUUCAAGAUCAGAGAGUCACUUCUUCCCGCGAAAACCUGGUUGAUAGAGGAAGGAGCUUGUUUGAGGAUAAUAGUUCUGAUGGAUCGUCACCUAUUUGUAUGAUUGCUAAAGAGAGCCCCAUACCACCUGAAAGAGAACAAAAAACAGCUGCACAUGGCUGGACCUCCUGUCUGCUACCCGGUAUAUUAGGAUUCAGUUUAGGCAUUAACUGUGCUGCUGCCCUCUACUUCAUGUACGGGAGAUGAUCCAGGCCUUCGUAACUUCCAUGAUGCUUUGUUCUUCUACAGGGACUCUGAUCAAGAUGUACUGUCCUCAACAUUGUGUCUAGAAAUGAAAUAACGAUGACGCAAUGAUGAUACAUGUAUGGCAGAAACAGGCUAUGCAGGUCCAUGGUCAUUGAAUGUGAUGCUGCCCUCUACAUUUCAAGAUGAAUGUGUCGUCUCCAUGAUGCCUUGUUAAUAUAUGAGGGAUUUUAUCAUGAUGUGCUGCCCUCUGUAUUGUAUUUAAUCAUGAUAGAACAAUGAUAUAAUGACACACAAAAAAACAGAUAUGCUGGUUCAUUAGGCCAUCCGAUGUGAUGCUGCCCUCGAUGUCUUGAGUUGGAGAUGUUUUCCCUAAUCCAGUGAUGUCCUGCAGGUAUGUCAGCACAAGGACUGUGAUGCUGCUUUCAACAUUUUGUAUGGGAAAUGAAAGAUAACGUUCUUUUCUGUAUUGAAUACUAAUAAAAUGCAUCAUUUAUGUAGGGCUUAAAGGGGCAUACCAUUGACAAAUCAUGGGGAAAUUGAAUCAGUAAAAAAUUUUCAAAAGGCCAAUUGACUUGCAUAAUAUAUACAUCCGUCAUGAGAGCCCAUCAGACUAAUGCGAUAAAAGUUUGGACAGCACAAAUUUGACCGAAUUUGUGAUCGUUAUUUACUUCGGGUCGUCGCAGUUUCCAACAAUUCCUAGACUCUUAGCAGGUCUCUUGAUUGCUAAACCAAAACAAAUGAAGUUACAUGUUUCAAAGUGAAAACAUGCAGUUUACUUCUGGUUGGUUAGUCUACUAACUAUUGCUCUCCUAUAUUAGAUGUCCCAGACAGACAUGCCGGUAUCUAUUACAUUACACCCCAGGCAAUCUGGAAGCAGGCCUUGUAAUUGCCCUUCCAUAUCAUAAGCUGUUUUCUCAUCGAGCGAAAUUUGAAACUGCAAUAAAUCAUGGUACUUGGAACAGACUAUACUUAAACUGAAAGACUUGAAUUCCUUCUCUGUUCUGAGAUUUCCCCAUGAAUUGUCAAUGGUAGGCCGCUUUAAUACACUAUUUCUAAGUGCUGCAUACUACCGUGCAUUACCCCUGGUUUAAAGGGAUGGUCCAGACUGAAAAUAUUUAUAUCUUAAUACAUAGAGUAAAAUUCACUGAGCAAAAUGCCGAAAAUUUCAUCAAAAUCGGAUAAGAAAUAAUAAAGUUAUCGAAGUCUUAAGUUUAGCAAUAUUUUGUGAAAACAGUCGUCAUGAAUAUUCAUUAGGUGGGCUGAUGAUGUCACAUCUCCACUUUCCAUUUUCUUAUGUUAUUUCAUAAAAUCAUAAUUUUUUCAUUAUUUCAUACUUAUGUGAAUAAUAUGUCUCCCUUAUAAUGAAAUAAGUUGCAGCAAUAAAUAUCUAAUGCACUAAAUCAGUUGUCAAUCCAAUUUUUCUAGUUCUUGGAGGAAAAAAUUUGAAUAAACCUAAUUUCAUAUAAUGAAAUACAAAAGAACAUCAUCAGCCUACCUAAUGAAUAUUCAUGACGACUUUUUUCACAAAAUAUUGCUUAACUUUAAAAUUCAAUUACUUUGUUAUUUGUUUAUCCGAUUUUGAUGAAAUUUUUGGCAUUUUGCUCAGUGAAUUCUACUCUAUUUAUUAAGCUAUAAAUACUUUCAGACCGGACAAUCCCUUUAAGCAUGGCUACCUGGAUUAGGAGUGCAAGUAUUCAAGGAUUCCUUCCUACUCGAUACCCAUGUCCGCUACACCUGGAUCGAGAGUGGCAAAUGUUGAUAAAUGCCCUGCCAAAGGACAAAAAUGCUUUUUCAGGUACAGGUGUACCAGUACUUCAGGUACAAUACUUUCUAAAGAAAAUGCAUGACAUUGAAAAAAGUGAAAAUUUGCCAGUAUGAAGAAUACCUGCUUAUUACAAGAGGCUGCAAAUAAUUGAUUGGUCACAAAGUGAAUAACCGUCUUGAGGAAAAGACUUUCAUUAUAAAUGACUAUGUUCCAAAAGUGAGAAAAAUGGGUCGGACACCGAACUUGCAUGGGCAGGAAUAGAGUGUCGAUUCCAAUGGUUUCCCAAUCCAUCCAGAUAAUAUAUUUUUAUAUGUAGGCCUAUGUAUAAUGUGCAACUGGGUUCAACGAACUGAUUCAUUCUAGCUUAGCAUUAACUCAUCUGCUGCCCUCUGUGUUAUAUUUGUGAAAUGAUAUCGGCUGGAACUAUCUUCUCGCACUUAGUAAUCGACUUGUUCCAUUGCAUUCGUGUAAGCUGUAUGGAUGAUCUCAAAAAAAUUUUGAGGUUGCUUUUAGUGGCACCAUAUAAAUAAUGUAUUUGGAUUACCAUCAGUGAGGCAAUUUUAUUUUCCUUUUUUUUUCUGAACACACUGAAAGUUUUGCUGCGCUUUGUCUCAACUUUCUUACUGUGGGGUCCAUGACAGUUGCUCUGGCGACAAUUGCUCCGAUAGAAAAUAUGCAUAUUAAACCGAACGUAAAACCUAAUCUCCAAACCUAGCUUAACCCUAAUCAUUAUUUUUUUACAUUAUUAUGAACCAAAAAAUUACACUCUAACCCUAUGCCCUCUGGGUUCCAUGACAUAUGCUCCGAUGGAAAAUCUGCACGUUAAGUCAAACAUAAACCUUACUUCCAAAACUAAAUAAACCAUAAUCCUUAUCUUUACAUUAUUCUGAACCAAAAACUCUAUUACAAUCCUAACUCUAAACCUAUGCCCUCUGAGAUAUUAAGACCGGAGCAAUUGUCGAUGUUGUGUCACCGCCCUCUGAGAUAUUGAAACCGGAGCAAAUGCUGAAGGAGUGCAUGUCGUGUCGCCACCGGAAAAUGAUAUUCAUCUAAACUGUCGCAGUGCUUUGAAUGUAAAUGUAUACCUGAACAAUGAAUAUGGUGCUGCUGUCUGUGAAUGUUAAUGAGCCUCUAGGACAUGUAAGGCUGCACGUUAUGACAAUAAUAUUGUAUUGAUAUUGUGUCCAUGAAUUAUCGUCUCUCACAUUGCUGUAAACGAUUGAGGUUUUGAGGUUUUGGAGUGUUAAUCUGCCUUGAAAUGAUAUAU